CUUGAUUUUAAAAAAUUGCCAGUGAUAGAGAAUCCACCACAAUCACUGGUAAAUUAUUCCAGUAGUUAAUUAUCCUCAUAGUUAAAAAUGUAUGCCUUAUUUCCAGUCUAAAUUUGUCUAGCUUCAGCUUCCAGCUACUGGAUUCUGUUAUGCCUUAGGUCUGCUAGAUUGAAGAGCCAAUUAUUAAAUAUUUGUUCCCCGUGUAGGUACUUAUACACUGUGACUAAGUUACCUCUUAACCUGUCAGCAGCUCUCAGUCAUGGCAGUAGUGGCUGCAUUCCUUCUAAGAUCAGGAGCGUAGGUUUAUCCCUAACUAGGUGACUGGCUUGUCAAAGGCUGGUCUAAAUGGCAAGUGCAUAGCAUUAACCUGAUCCAGUCAAUGAUCUGGGACUAUUAAUCAACACACAAAAGUAUUUCCUCUGCCCAGUCCAGAGAGUAGAGUUUAUGGGGGCUGCACUGGAAUCCUCUCAAGCCAGGGCCUUUCUUCCAUGUUCCAGGCAAUUCGACCAAUUGUCGUAGGUCUGCUGGUCACAACACCACCAAACUGAGGUUUCUGGGUCACAUGGCCUCUUGCACCUAUGUGGUUCACUAUGUCAGACUGUGACUCAGAACUUUGCAGGGCUGGCUGGCAUCUGUCUACCCACCAAACCACCAUCAAUUGGACUCCCUGGUAAGAGUGCCCUCCCAUGUCCUCAAGUCCCUAGAUAGGCAUUCCAUUUGUUCACUGACAGCCAACUUUCAUGCUAGGGACAGAUGCUUCGGUCCUCGGAUAGAGAGCCCAUUUUAGUUCUCUGCCGGGUCUCUGGUCCUCAGAGAACUUAGCUUUACACAUCAGUGUCAGAGAACUGAAAGCUGUGCAAGUAUUUCUAUUGCAGAUCAGGGGAAGCAGGCUGUUAGUCGUCACAGACAACAUGACGGCAAUGUUUUAUCUCAACAAGCAGAGGGGAGCCCACUCUUCCCCACUCUGUCACGAAGCAGCCCUACGCAGGCAGUUUUGUCUUGCCAGCUCAGUAGAUCUAGAAGCAUCUUACCUGCGGGGUGUGCAGAAUGACUUAGCAGGCCACCUGAGCAAAUGGUUUGAGUCACCACAAGUGGUUUCUUCACCUAGUUGUGGCCAGAUACAUCUUCUAGCUGUGGGGUUUUCCCCAAGUAGAGCUAUUUGUGACAAAGUCCGACAGAAGAUGUCUGCAGUUCUGCUCCCUCUGGGGCCACAGCUUUUUAUUAUUGAAAUGGCUCUGGAGGACAAAAACUAAGAGACAUGAAUGCUAAAUGCUAUUAAAAGUCGUUUAUGAAUUAUAAAUGAUUACUAUCUCACUUCUUUUCUUCAAACUUCUUUAUGUAGCUCUGGGUAGCUAGAACUUUUUCCUUGCAUUGCCAUUUACAGUACCGAAAUAAUUUGGGACAGCCCAUGAGAAAUUGUGGCAGUAAAGACAUAUAAACUGAUUCAGUGGUUUUUUUGUUUUAUUUUUAUACCCCCCCUUGAAACUUGUAUUCUGUACUUACCUUGUGAAACAAGCAUAUUUUAGGAGAUACUUCUGGUGGAGGUGGCAUCUUUUGGAUUAGACUUAAAUGCGCAAUCCUGAUCACUUGCAAUAAUUACAGUCUCAUGGCAAUUCUUAUAUGAGAGGGAUGUAAACUUCAGUGUCCUAGGUCAAUAUUGAUUGGGUAACUUCAUUCCACCUACCUACUUUCUUGUCUUUGGUUUCAAUAGGAUGCGGCAGUUGUCUUCCCUUCCUGUUUGAAAUUGUUGUGUUGCUGUGCACUGUACAUUGUUGCUGUAUUUCAAUGGUGGGUGGAAUAACGUGUGUAUGAUGUGCAUGAAAAAUUGCUACUAAAAUAAUUUGGUGUACUUUUGAAUGAAAUGCACUGUAUGAAUGGAGGGUGUUUGUUUAAAUAUAAAACCCAAAUGAAAACAUACCUCUUUUUUUAUUUGAUUGUUUACUCCUCCACCUCUUUCAAUGAUAAAUAGUGAUCAGAGAAAGGAAGCUACUUGGAAGUGACAGAAGAGAGGGACCAAUGCCUAGUGAAGACUAUACGUUGAAGGAGUGGCUACAAUUUUGUGUAUGGUUGUAGCUCUAGUGCCAUGUGGGAAAGGAAGUGAAUGAUUGCAAAGUUGAAAGGAUCAUUAACACAGUGGUUGAAGUCAUCAAGAAUUAAAAUGGAGGGCUGGGAAGAAAGGAAAGGGAGGACCAGGAAUCCAAGUUGAAGAGGAAGUAGGAUGAGGAGACAGGGGAAAGUUAGUCAGCAGAUGGCAUAAACCUCAAGGGGAAGGAGGGAAAAGAGUUAGAAAUGGGAGAGCAGGAAGCCAGUGCUUCUGCUAUUGAGAGCAUGAUGAAUGGGAACAUUGCCUCGGUUUCUGCCUUCUCCUUUGACUGGCUCUCACGUAGGGGGAAAGCCAGUAAAAACAAAGAUGAAGGAGAUGAGAGAGAGAGAGACAGACAUCACAGGUUGUCUGCUUUCUAAAAAGGAAAGCAGGAGCCCCAGAGGGAACAGGAAAAAAGGGAACUUGAGUAACUCUAGACUGAACUAAAGUGAGACAGAGGGGUUACUCCUAGGGGAAUUCUCUGUCUAAAAAUCCUGCCCACAAUAUUUUAAAAUUCUGCAUAUUUUAUUUGUCAAUAUAACACACUAUAAUCUUGCCAGUUUCAAUUAUUUUGAUAAUUUAUUUCAAAAUACCUGUCAGCAAAUAUGUCUAACAAUAUGGACAACAAAAAAGAUUCAAGUUGCAGUGCCUGGAAUCUGAAACUGUACUCAACCUGCAGUAUGGUUCAGAAAAUAUUAUUCAAAUGGCCAAAGUUCAUUGUCCAUUAUGUCGAAGUCACUUUGAGUAAAUUAAUGUUCAAAACUAGUGCACAAAGUUUACAAUCCAAGAAAAAAAUUCCUCUAUGCCUGUUUCCCCCCAGUAGAUCUAUGGUAGCCAAUCUCUGUGCUUGGUAAAAGACUUCGAUAUAAGCAGUGAGGCAAGUGCAGUCUUGUUAAAUGAGCACCAAGCUAGGAACUGGGAACUCCAGGGUUCUUUCUGUGGACACUCACUUGCUGGGCAGAAGGUCACUUAUGCUUUCUGUGUCCUUGUUUUCCAGUAUAUAAAAUGGACAAUGAUAUUUCUGUACCUCUGCAGAAUGCUGUGCAGUCUUGUCAGGGGAUGAUGUUAAAGCCCUUUGAGCAUAUUAACUUUAUAUAGUGCUAAGGAUACUUCGCAUGGUAAUGGUCCCCAUCAUGACCGCUGCUGUGUCUACAAUGAAAGCAACUUGGUAGAUGGAGUUUACUGCCUGCCAAUAGGACACUGGAUCGAAGUCUCUGGACACACUGAUGAGAUGAAGCACACAACUGACUUCUAUUUUAAUAUUGCAGGCCAUCAAGCCAUUCACUAUUCCAGGAUUCUGCCAAACAUCUGGCUGGGAAGUUGCCCUCGGCAAGUGGAGCAUGUAACCAUCAAGCUAAAACACGAACUGGGUGUUACGGCUGUAAUGAACUUCCAGACCGAGUGGGAUGUUGUUCAGAAUUCCUGGGGCUGCAACCGCUAUCCAGAACCCAUGAGCCCAGAGGUCCUUAUGAAACUGUAUAAAGAGGAAGGUCUCGCUUAUGUCUGGAUGCCAACCCCAGAUAUGAGCACUGAAGGAAGAAUACAGAUGUUGCCUCAGGCUGUCUGUCUCCUGCACGGGCUGCUAGAGAAUGGACACAUCGUCUACGUACAUUGCAAUGCUGGUGUUGGCAGGUCUACAGCCGCAGUCUGUGGCUGGUUAAAGUAUGUGAUGGGAUGGAACCUAAGGAAAGUGCAGUACUUUGUGGCCUCCAGGAGACCAGCUGUCUACAUAGAUGAGGAAGCUCUGGUUCGUGCUGAAGACGAUUUCUAUCAGAAAUUUGGACCUCUUCGCUACUCAUGCAAACCUUAGUGGUAGAAAAGCUGAUUGGAGGAGGGGAGAGAUUCCUCGCAGUGUUGCCAAUCCCAAACAUUCAAAAUUCAUAGUCAGACCACCCAAAUUUGUGUGUGUGUGUGAGUGAGAGAGUGAGUGUGUGAAAAAUCAUGAGAUUUAAAAACAAUAAUUAGUUCAGUCUCUUUUUAUUUGCCUUGUGUUUUUUAGCUUUGGGGUUCUUGUUUUCAAACUUUUCUCUGCAACCAGGUGGGUUAGGAACUUACUUUGCAAAACGAAAACUGAGAUUCUCAUGUACUCAUGUGACUCCAGGAGCUGGGACAAAUAUCACAAGAUACAACCAUGUGAGAUGGCAAGACUGUGGUAGGAAGAAGGUGGAACAAUGCGGAAGGGCUACAUAAAGAAAUAAAAGUCAACGGUGUGCAGUUUUUGUUUUUUUCUGGCUUGGGUAGUCAGGGUUGUUUGACCGUUUCAGGUAGAGCCUUCUGUUUUGGUGUGUUUAUAAAGAUGUUUCUAAUGAAAUGGUCUGACUGAUAAAAAGAAGAAGGAAAUUGAUUUAUGCAGUUGUGUUUCUGAAACAAACAGCAAGUUAAAUUCAAUUCAUUAGGCAAGAGCUGCCCUUUCUCUCUCGUUUAGGUUUAUAGUUAAUGUGAUUUAGUAAAAUUUACUGCUGUACUUUGUUAUGGUGCUGAGGGUAUUGUAGAUGCUGUGCAUAAAGGUGGGGGAAAGUUCCACUUAUGCAUGUUUAAUCUACUGCAAGGCAGAACUCCUGGUUAAUUAGAUUGUCCUAGAUUGUAAGAUUUCCGGAGGGACUGUUUUUGUUUUCCUUGUCUGUACAGUGCCUAACACAGAGCCACGAUCCUUGAUUAGAGCCUCUUCGUGCUACCACAAGAUAAGUAACAAUAAAGAAAAUUGAGUUAAAAGAGAAGAUAUGGGAGGUGGCCUGGUGAGCCUAUAUGCAGGCUGUGCUGCUGGGUUUAGAGUCCCAGGUGCAGUGUCCGUCUCAUUCGCCUACUUGGUGUUGCCUGGAAAUUCUGCAAUAGCAGCCAUCUCUUGCUCCUGUGGAAGACAAGUGCUUCCAUUGCUGCUCAGAUGUCACUGUCCCGUUAGCUAAAUUAGGAAGGGCAUCACUAGGCUCCAGAGUCCAAACAAGCCCCACUCAGCCAAAAAUAGGUGCUGCAACUCAUGACUUCGAGGGGAGGAAGUGGAGAAAUUCCUCCGCUGAUGGUCUGAUUGAGUGGGAGAGUUGCUUGUUAAGGACACAAAAAUUAAAAAACUAAUUUCUAGAGGCAGAUGGCUGAGCUAAAUCCCUUUUCCAGUUAUUUUUAGAAAAAUGAUUUGUCUAUAUAGAGAUUUAUUCCGUGAUAAAGAGGUGAUAAGAGACACAUGACCUUAAUUAUAAGGAAAUCCUACUACUGGAGACUUGUUAGCGAUCUCACUGUUACAGUAUCCUGGGCACUGUUCACGGAGAAUGUCCAUCAUAAUAUAUUUUGCUUUAUCUUUUACCCCUCAGAUGCCCUCAGAUGUGAAGAAGCAACUGGAAGUUAUUUUAAAUUUAUGUAUUUGAUCAUCACUUUAUUUCUGAUUUCUGUUUUGAAAUAAUGUAUGUCAUCAGUUAGAUACUGGAUGAAACUAUAGCCCAAUGUUAAAUAAAAGCCUUAUGACACUUCCAUAA